AUGGAUAUUCAAGACUUCCUGGCGAUGGAGGCCAACUCCGACCGCGACGACUUGGUCGACCUCCGCGCCCUUGAUUUCGUCUCCAGCUACGAUUCACACCUAAUGUGUCCGAUCUGCCACUGCCCCUUCGUGCAACCCGUGCGACUACAAUGCGACCAUGUUUUUUGCCAAAAGUGCCUAGGAUCGGCCAUCACCACUUUCCGCUCGGCCGACUCGGACGAGUUCCCGUGUCCCUCUUGCCGGACCCCCACCACCCGAAUAUCGACCAGGGUGCCCCGCCUAUUGGUCAACAUGUGCGAUGAGAUACAGGUACGGUGUCCUUUGGUCGGGGAAGGCUGCAACGAGAUUGUCCCGCGAGGCCAUGUCCAGUCGCAUGUGGAGAAAUACUGCGGUUAUCGGCUUCUGCCGUGCCCGGAUGAAUCCUAUUGCCGGUGCGAGCGCUGCAACGAGGAUGUGAUGGAGCAGGACUUUGCCGAACAUGACAAGGAACUCUGUCCCAGUCUAGAGGCGACUUGCGAUGAUUGUGGAAGUAUCGUUCCACGGCGGUCGCUGAAGAAACAUGUCGAGACCUGCCCGGAUGUUGUGAGCGCUUGCGCGGCGUCUCAGUAUGGGUGUUCGGUCAAGGUCCGACGUGCAGAUAUUGCGGCGCAUGAACAGCAGUGUCCGCUGGUCUCAAUAGGGCCGUAUCUGGAGGCGCAAAAUACGCGACUUAACUCCCUCGAGUUGACUAUGCGACAUCUCCAACAACGCAAUGAGAUAUUCGAAGACGGAAUGGCCAAUAUACGAUCCACACUUCUCGAAUCUGCACGAGUGAGCGACGCCGAUCGCAACGGCGGAAGAUCUGCCCCUAAUGGCGAUAGAGACGGGCAAGCUCUCAUCGAUGCAGAGGACCCUGCAGACCCUGCGAAUUCAUUCUCAUCCCACACCACGCAAUACCUGCUCUCGCUCCAUGAAUCUCUCCGCGAAGAGGUCAGCCAAAUGUCACACGCUCUUACAGACCUCGACGCUCGCGCCAGCAUGACCAUCAUGAACGAGUGUCUCCGCAUCAAGGAAGACAUGGCCCACACCAACGCCGCUCUCAACAGUGUCCGCAUGCAGGUACAAUGGCUCAUGAAUCCCCGACUCCACAACGGGACUCGCGCAAAUGGCAUGCGCACCAACUCAGCUAGUAACGAGUCUACCCGGACGCAAUUGACCUCCACGUCUGCGCCGGGUCCUAGCAGCGGCACCGGUGUAUCGCUUGGGCCUCUUCGGCCCAGAAGGCCUAGUGAUAGCGGGCGCGAGGGAACUAAGCUAUGA